AUGUAUCCAGAUCCAAACAACCGGAAGAAGGACCUACAGGAGCCGAUGGACGAUGGACCUGGAAGAUUAACAGACUUGAAUCGCUACUGUGAGAUCGAUUCUGGUCAUGACAGUACCAUCUUCAAAAAUUUUGUCGCUACCUGCACUUCAGAUCCCCAUGUCGUCUUAAACCGGCAGGCAUCAUCCUUCCCCGACGCAUGGGAAGAGGGCUCGGGGGGUUCUGCAGAAGAACAUGGAGUGGGGACCCAGGCUGCACUGCCUCCAGCUGCUGCAGGCUACCAAGAGGACCCCAUGCCAGCGAGCCAGGAGGCGGGGUAUUCAGCCCCACCCAGAUGGACUGGCGGGAAACCACCAGCCAGUCUCGAGUGGAACAACAGGCGCGUCGUCUACUACACAGUGAAGAGAGAAGCCCAUAGGUCGAGGGCUACAGAGUACACAUACCUUAACCACAACAAUCGGUAUACGACCUCGAUCAGAGAUAAGUGGCAAAAUAAGGAUAAUAUUCGGUACCUAACAGCUAAGAGGCACGUGUACGUGGCCAAGAACCCUGACUUUUAUUGA